AUGAGAGAAGCUUUUAUUGACAACAGUAAGAACGCUGCUAAACAGGCAAGUGCAGGCACAGACGGUCCAGGAUCAAAGGUAGCUGCGGCUAAUGGUGGCACUUCUUCGUUAAAGCGCAAAGUUGAUCCUGCUGUUAAAACGGGAUUUUCUUCAGGUCAAAGUAUUGAGUCCAAUCCAGGUAAUGGCGCUAUCAGCAGCGUAUUUGGUACCUCUAUGAACGACUUCAGUGCAUCUGAAACUAAAGGUGCCACUUUGGAUUGGUCAGAAUCGUUUCAUGGUUUAGGUAUUGCCCCCUUCAGCAAAGAAUCACAGAAAACACUCUCUGAGGAUAUUCCCGAAAAUGACAUUGAGAUCACACCUGAUGGAUUACUAUACCUACCAGAGAUCAAGUACAGAAGAAUGCUAAAUCGGUCAUUUGGUGCCGGUGGUUGGGGUCUUGCCCCAAGAUCUGAAACUCUUAUAUCUAAGAAUAAAUUUGGUGCUGGAGGAUUACUUACCAGAGAGUACGGAUUGGUGGUUCAAGGUAGAUUGGUUUCUGUUGCUAGAGGUGAACAGGCAUUUUUUGCCGAGAAUGGAGUCCCAACGGCUACAGAAGGUUGUAAGAGCAACGCUUUAAUGAGGUGCUGCAAAGAUUUGGGCAUAGCUUCAGAGUUAUGGGAUCCUAGAUUCAUCAAGCUAUUCAAAAAGAAGCGUUGUGAAAGUAUUUUCGUUGAGCACAUCCCAUCCAAGAAGAAGAAGAAGAUUUGGAAAAGGAAAGAUGAAGAUGUCGAAUAUCCGUAUAAGAGAUAG